CCUUGUGUGAUUGUGAUGGCUUCUUGGCUGGUGGCUUCUUGUUUUUGUUAAUUAAUAUUUUUGUGAGAAAGGCGCCAAAAAUCAAUUAUUAUUGAUAUUUGGGGCUGCACUAAUCGAGCCCCAAAUAAAUUCCGCCUUUUCCUUGCUUAAUUUCAUGCAAAAACAUCCAGAGCAGCAGAAACUUUCUGCAAAAUGAAAAACAAGAAUAAUUUGGAUUGGAAGAAACGUGUUAAGCAGGAGUGCUUGCGUUUGAGGCAACAGAAGAGGUACAAGAGGGCUGACGAUGUUAAGGUGGCCUGGAACAAGAACCGGGAAAAAAUGACUGAGAUUUUGAUUGCUGAACAAAAGAGGUGGACAAGCUCGAAAUCCUAUUGGGUACCAACCCCCGAUCUUCCUGCUCACGCAACUUGCAUGAAAAAAGCCGAAGUCAUCGGCAAUGAAGGAGACAUCCAAGUGGCCACCAUAAAAAUCUUGAACUCUGUAACUCCAAUCCCUACAAUGUACAAUUGGGCUCCUAUUCAGCAAAACUUCAUGGUCGAAGAUGAAACUGUUUUGCACAACAUUCCUUAUAUGGGCGACGAAGUUUUGGACCAAGACGGUACCUUUAUUGAAGAGCUGAUUAAAAAUUACGAUGGCAAAGUCCAUGGGGAUCAAGAAUCAGGUUUUAUUGACGAUGAGCUGUUUGUGGAACUUGUACACGCUCUGAUGCAGUAUCAAGACAAACCUGAAUCAACUGAGGAGAAAAAAGAAGAGUCAGAUGUUAAAAAAGAGAACUUGGAUUUUCCAACUUUGGUUAUAUUUCAAGCUAUUUCUGCUCAGUUUCCAGAUAAAGGUGGACCAGAGGAACUUAGAGACAAAUAUAUUGAGCUUACUGAAAGAACUGAUCCGAAUGCUCCACCAGAAUGUACUCCUAAUAUUGAUGGACCAAAUGCUUCUUCAGUGCCUCGUGAACAAAGCAUGCACUCGUUUCGCACCCUUUUCUGUAGAAGAUGCUUUAAAUAUGAUUGUUUUUUGCACCGUCUUCAAGCUUGUCAUCCCAGUCCCAACUUGCAAAAAAGAAGAGGGCCGGAUCUGAAACCGUUUAGCGCACCUUGCGGUUUGGAUUGUUACAUGCAUUUGGAGGCUGUAAAAGAAAAAAUGGCCGCAAAAGCAAAACAGGAAGAAGAAACUGAACUGGCCGAAAAGGAAAAAGAGCAAGAAAAAAAACGAAAGUCUUCUUUGGGAGAGGUUACAGAUUCCAAGGCUCAGAGUUCCAAUCCUAGGAAGAUUUGCAAGCAAACUAGUGUGGAUUCUGGAAAUGAAGCUAGCUCAGAAGAUAGCAAUGAUAGUAACAAAGAUUGUGAAACUGGAGACCCUGUUUCUACUGCGGCUUCUUUUAGUUUAUUAGGCCUAAUGGGCCCUGAUGACAACGAAUGGACUGGAUCCGAUGAAGGCCUAUUUAGGGGCUUACACAAAGUUUUUUUAAACAACUACUGUGCUAUAGCUCAGUUUAUACUUACAAAGACUUGUCAACAAGUAUAUCAUUUUGCUCAAAAAGAAGCGGCCGACGUUCCAACCGAAGAAGCAAUGUGCGAUUUCACUCCUCCGCGCAAAAAGAAAAAGAAACAUCGUCUCUGGUCGAUGCACUGCAGAAAAAUCCAACUAAAAAAAGACUCUAGCAGCAAUCACGUCUACAAUUUCAGCCCGUGCGACCACCCGGGGCAAAAUUGCGACCACAACUGCCCCUGCAUCGGAGCUCAGAACUUUUGCGAAAAGUUCUGCCAGUGCAGCUCAGACUGCCAGAAUCGUUUCCCUGGCUGUCGUUGCAAGGCGCAGUGCAACACCAAGCAGUGCCCUUGUUAUUUGGCGGUGAGGGAAUGCGAUCCGGAUCUGUGCCAGACUUGCGGAGCUGAUCAGUCUGAUGUCACGAAAAUUACUUGCAAGAAUGUGAGCGUGCAAAGGGGGUUGCACAAACAUCUUUUGAUGGCGCCUUCUGAUGUGGCCGGUUGGGGGAUUUUCCUUAAGGAUAGUGCUCAGAAAAACGAGUUUAUUUCUGAGUAUUGUGGAGAGAUCAUUUCGCAGGACGAAGCUGAUCGUAGAGGGAAAGUUUAUGAUAAAUAUAUGUGUUCUUUUUUGUUUAAUUUGAACAAUGAUUUUGUUGUGGAUGCUACAAGAAAAGGCAACAAAAUCCGUUUUGCCAAUCAUUCCAUCAAUCCAAAUUGUUAUGCUAAAGUAAUGAUGGUUAACGGUGAUCACAGAAUCGGGAUUUUUGCCAAAAGGGCUAUUCAGCCUGGAGAAGAGUUAUUUUUCGAUUACAGAUACGGUCCAACAGAGCAACUCAAGUUUGUGGGCAUCGAAAGAGAAAUGGAAUUUUUUGGUUCCAUAAGACCUAGAAAUCCCAAUAAAGUUACCCCUAUAAUUUCCCAAAACUUAAAAGUACAAUCCAAAAACUUUGAAGCUUUGCAGCUAUGGAAUUUUUGAAGCUGAA